AUGCCACCAGAAAUAUGGGGAUUAUAUAUCUAUGGCUUCGGAGGAAAGGUGGUGAAGGCUGCAAAUUAUAGUAUUCUUGCUCAGAGGGCGCCGAGCAUCCUUACGCUUCGAGACGCAAAGGAACAUAGACGCCGCCGGCACCGUGUUGCUUUGGCACUCGGAGAGGAUAAUGUUCGGUUUUACGAACCGCAGAUGUUAAACCAUAUCCGGACCUUUUGUGCCAAGAUGGUGGAAGGUGUAAAGAACGUAGAUGGCUGGUCUGCGCUCCGGAAUAUGGCGCCAUGGUGCAAUUAUCUGCUCUUCGACAUUAUGAUGUCUAUGGUGUUUAGUAGCGACUCGAAGCUACUUACUCAUCCCAAGUAUCGUCAUAUUCCGAACGCGAUUCAUCAAUCUUCAGUGUUGCAGGGUGUGCUAGUUCAGGACAAAACUCUGGCGAUACUUGGUUUGCAUAAGUACCUUUUCAAGACAGCCAUGCGAGAGCGUGUCAAGUUCGUUCAUUUCAUUCGAACCGUGCUAGCAGACCUUGCACAGCUUUCUCCAAACGAGCUCAGCGCCGAAUGCGCUACCUUGAUCAUCGCCGGGUCUGAUACUUCUACCAUGGGUCUUGCCGGAGCUCUCUUCUACCUAAGCCGGUAUCGAUCAGCAUAUGACCGACUUGCGCAAGAAAUACGCGAAAAGUUCAACGAUGCCUCGGACAUACGCCUCGGAAAAACCCUAUAUUCCUGCAGCUACCUAAAAUCUUGCAUUCAGGAAACUCUCCGAAUCUCGCCCCCAGUUGGCACAGCACUAUGGCGCGAAGUCGAGCCCGAAAAUGGAGCUACCAUCGACGGUACUGUUAUUCCCAAAGGCACUCACGUCGGAGUUGGCAUCUAUAGUAUUCACCAUAAGCCAAACCACUUUUUCGACCCUUUCACGUUCCGCCCCGAGCGUUGGUUGUCAGAAGCUCGUCCUGCAGAUCUUGUUAACCAUGAAACCCGAGCUUAUGGGCCGUUCUCGAUAGGUCCACGCAGCUGUGUCGGGAAAGGAAUCGCAAUGCAGGAGCUGAUGCUCUCUUUAGCCCAUAUAUUUUGGUCCCUUGACUUUGAGGCUCUGGGGCCCGAUGGUAAUCGCGUCACAAUCGAAGGGUCCGUUUUGCAUCCAAGUCCCGGGUGGACCGAGUUCCCUAUGAAGGAAUAUAUCAUCGCGGUUGGUGACGGGCCUAUGUUGCGCUUCCGUCGGAGGGCUGUUGAAUAA